GGGGGUUUCCGAAAUGGGAUUGGAUCAGCAAAAGAAGAUUUCAAAUAAAAUGGUCAAAGGCCAAGAUGUUCUUGCAGAGAGAUGGGCUGAACGGUCCCUUUCUCUGCUUGUAGCCACACAGCCUGAAGCCAGGGUUUCUGUGCAGCACCAUUCCACAGAGGAGCUGACCAUUGGAAAGGCUGCAGGCAGUUGGAUAGUCCCAGAGGUGGAUACGGUGCGGCACAGUGUCUCUGUCCUUAGUCUACCAGAAAAAGGAAGUGAAUGUGGAGGAAGUGGAGACGUAAGUUGUUGGGCAAACGUUUCCCCCAGUGCCUGGUGAACAGAGCCAGAGCAGACACCGGGCCAUGGAAAGUCCCAUGAAGGAAGGGGUCCUGCACAUUCUACAGUAUAAGUUUGGUUUGAAAGUUUGGAAAAGGAACUGGUCGAUAUUGUACCCAGCAAGUUCAAAUAGUAUUGCCAGGCUGGAACUGUUCGAUGCAAGGGACUGGACUAACACUCAUGAGAAGCACAUUACAAAGCGAGUGGAACGGAUCAUUCGUUUGUCUGACUGUAUCAGCAUUAAUCAGAGCCAAGUGGAAAACCCGCCGAAAGAGACGGCGACAUUUAGCAUUAUCACCAUGGAGAAAACCUACAUCAUGGCAACUUCAAAACAUGAUGUGGUGGCUUGGGUCAAGUGCCUUUGUGAAUUAGCAUUUCAGAAUACCAAUACUAAAAAACCAAAUGAAGAUGUUUCUGCCUCCAGUAACAUGUUGCCUGGUGACUCAUUAAUAAUGGAGGAAAAUGAACUUUAUUCAACAAUAUCCCAAGGUGCAGUAUGAAAUAAGAUAAGGAAAAUGUGCUAUCCAUUCUGAAUUCAUGCCCAGGUCGAGAACAUUUAACCUUCUACCCAUGGGGGAAGUGAAUGUAAUAGAGACAGAUUUGUGGAUGGCAGAAAAAUAGUUGGGAAAGUAGGUGAUGAAGGUGAUACCAACAGAUUGUUAGGGAUAUUGGCAGGUUAAGCAAGUGGGCAAAAACCUUGUGGAUGGAACAUAAUGUGGAGGAAUGUGAAGUACUGGAGUCUGGCAAGAGGAAUAGAAGAGAUGAAUAUUAUUUAAAUGGAGAAAGACUGCAGAAAGCUAUGGAAUAGUGGGAUUCUGAA